AUGUCGUAUGUUAUUUCAAAAUUCGAAUUACGACUAACAAAUACGACUGUUAACCACGUUUUGCGAGGCGGGCUGUUCACCGACGAUCAACGCGAAGGAAGAUCGCCAGCAGAAGACGGUACGAAGGCUCUUCAAGGAAAGUGCUCCUUGAGGCGUCAGGAGACAGGUAACGCCGCUCGGAAAUUCAAUGUCUUUGGCGCUGGCUCGCUGUUCCGACGCUGCUGAGCAAGCGACUUUUAUCGGCAAUUAGAAGAGGCUGGCGCGAUGGAACGCUGUUCUCUUUCAGCCAACAUGACGAAGAAAACAUUUCGCUGUCGAAUGAACGAUUUUCGAAAACGUCGAAUCCUGGCUCCAUCGGCGAUCACGGGUGCGCAGGCAGUCUGCCCGGUCAGAACAGUCGCGAGCAACUCGACAGAAAAAGGUGAUCUGCUGUUAUGAAAUAACCGGAAUGAAAACUCAUGGUCAGCCGAUCUGCUGAUCAUGAAUAAAUGAAGUUUGAAAACUCUGCGCCCAUGUUGUGUCGUUCACUGCUAAACUCGCUCAAAGUCGACACCGCCAUUUUCUUGUCCAGGAGCCUGGUUUUUAAAUUUCUUGUUCCAGUCGAUAACGCUUGUUGCACGACUGCUUUUGUAAAAAAUCAACUAAACCAGCGAACUGAAAGGGCGUCGUUUAGCGAAGCCAAGUGGCUGGUGUGUUACGCAACUGCACAUCGGUUAUGGCCCGAUGCUAAAACGGGAUACAGAAAUCGCGUGAAUAUCGCCAGCCGCCAAAAUGACUGGCACGACAGUUUUGUUGGCUGUAAUGAAGCAGAGCUCAUUCUUUGAAAAUGUCGUUACAAAUUACGAAUCGUUCAUAUGUCCAAAUAGUCGCCAGUGAUAAUGUAAUAUCGCUGGUAUCCAUCUGAAACUGUUCAACUCGCUGAUCAAUGUAAAACGUUGUUUGGUAACGCUUGUUAAAAUUGCCAACUCGUCGUAUGACGACAUUACAGGCGCAACCAACACUGUGGGCGCCGAUGUGGCUGGGCCCGUGCAAAACUUGCCGGAAGCCAUCGCUUGCAUGUCGCACGUCGCUGCGGCAGGACAGCGAAAUGCGCCUGUCUUCGUGAACGUGACUGCUGGAACAGUUUGCUAA